GGGCGACGGUAAGGGCAGGAUGCGUCCUGUGGAUCCUAUCUGGAUCGUGUCGUGGAAUCCUCGUCUUUCAUCGACACGAAACUACUUCGAGCGACCUACGACGCGUGUGUCGAGGCGUUGCCCACUGCCGGCAUGAACCCUUCGGCGUUGAUUCAGAUGGUCAACGUGCUGUCUCUCACGCUGGCUCAACUGGCUGGGUCACUGGUCCAGGCCUCGAAGGAUAUUGAUAGUUUGUUAGAGGAAGUCUGGACGGCGUACAACGACAGCAAGGCCAAGCCUGACGCGCUCACUCGAGCUGUCGUGACGUGUAUGUUCCAGCCAGUAUUCCUGCUGCGAGCUGAGCUGACUUCGACGAUGAAGCUCUGGCUGGCAGGGUUUAUCCGCUUUGGCUCGAGACACAGACCCAACGUGGUCUUCCACUUGGCGUGUCGCUUAUGUCAAACGUGGCGUGCACACCCAGUGUCGGCUCUGUCCUUUGUAGACGAGCUGGUGGAGCUGCUGCUGUAUAAGGAACCUUUGAUCGACGAGAAGGAGCAGCUGGCAACGGAUGCGGGUGCUCCAUUCCAAGGAUUUCAAGGCUAUUCUCCUCUCGAUGGCAACCAGACAGCAGCGAUCACGACCCACGCCAAGGACAGAUUUGUGCGGCUUGUCAUGUUGAGCUUCGUGGACGACGUCGCUGUCGACAAGAGCUCGUCCAGUAACGAUACGCAGCAGCUCUUUGAUGCUCUGACAGCUCGACUUCUGAAGCUCAAUGUGACGCCUGAGUGGCAGAAGCAACACAUGCUCAACAGCGAUGGCUACUGCAUUUGCUGUGCCUCAACUGCCCAGUGUAUGGAGCUGUUCGGUAUGCGGAUGGCUGCCAAGUUCCCAACGGAGAUUUGCUCUGGCGUGUUGCUGCCCAUGCUUGGCGAUGCGAAUCUGAUGCCACAAGUGGGCGCUUCACUGCUACUUGUGUCGGCGUAUUUGGUGGACACCAAGCUGGACGACAACAGUCUUGACGUCGACUGUGGAGAACUGCUGGAGACCAUGUUGCCGUGGUUGAAUACGUCUCAUGGCUACACUCGAGUACUGGCUCAGUAUCUGCUGGCCAAGGUGCUUCCUCGCCACAUCCACUACUUGAAACAAAGCUCUAAAGACACUCCAGGUCUUCGCUUUCUGGAGGGCACGGCGCGUUAUCUGAGCAACAACAAGGAGUGCAAGCGAAUGCUACGACGUCAAGCUCGACAACUGGACGAGUUCCACCCGGACUACGAGAGUUCGUUGCUGGGGAUGCUCUCUUCUGGCUUCAUUAGCGAGUUCGGAGAGCUCUUACCUCGUGACGACGCUUUGCGCUUCAGUGAACAGCUCAAGACUGCCAUGAACGAGCUCUACGCGCAGUACCAGCUCGAGAACUUCCCUCCAACUCCUUCAGAGCAGAAGAGCAGCAUGGAGACGGAUAGCGUAAGUGGAAUCCUCACUGUGCAGCGUAAAAUUGACACGACGGCGCUGCUGCUGGAGGACAGUGCGCUCCCUGCAGCGAUGCGUGCCGACUUUGACGCAGCACGACGUGGAGCGACGCUGAACGCCCGUCAACGACCUCGACAGCCUCUUAUCAUGUGUGCAAGCUUGGUGGACAAGGUCCCGAAUCUGGCUGGACUGGCACGGACUUGCGAGAUCUUCAACGCUCAGAAACUGGUCGUGCCGAACCUGCGGAUGACGCAGCAGGACGUCACGUUCGUGAAUGUCAGCGCCACGGCUCACAAGUGGAUGCCACUGGAAGAAGUGCGACCUCAAGGUGACGAUUUACGACGAGCACUUGUGCGAUGGAAGCGCGAGGGCUACACGAUUGUGGCAGUGGAGCAAACGGCGUCCAGUGUGAGUCUCGCGAGCUACACGCUGCCCCGUAAGAUGGUGCUGGUGUUGGGGCGAGAGAAGGAAGGGAUCCCGGUCGAAGUGCUGCAGCUUGUCGACGUGUGUGUGGAAAUCCCCCAGUUUGGACUGGUACGCUCACUGAAUGUGCACGUGAGCGGAGCUCUGGUGCUGUGGGAGUACACGCAGCAGCAAUUGAUGUCUGGAGCUCUCGAGUCGACAAUUUGA